GUAAGCCAUAAUCGGUUCGAGUCAUCAAUUCAGGAGCUCAUCUCACCCGCAACAAGCUGCCUUCAGAACCUUCUCACCAGAUUGAAGCUAAACUAGUCAAGAUGAUGAUCAAAGUAGGUCUUGUGCUCUGUGCUAUUGUGGCAACCAGUAUGGUGUGCGCAAAGAAUUUUGAAGAGCAAGAUGCAUUGGACGCUUUGCUGAAUAUGAUGCUCUCGGAGGAAGUUGCAUCUCCUGAUGAUGUGGCCUUGCAAAGCUGGUUCAAGCGCGCGGUUCAUAAAGUCAGUCAUGUGGUUCAUAAAGUCAAUGAUGCAGUUAAGAAAGCCGCCGACCUUGGACGUCGCUUGUGCCCGCAUCGUUCUCCAGAAGAAGCUCGCGUUAAAAUUCUGACUGCGUUCCCAGAGAUGAGAGAAGAGGAUCUCAGCGAAGAGAUUGUUCGAGAGAUCUGCGAUGGUGUAGAUGCCCUUGGCCGUUAGACUCGGAAGGGAUCGUGACACAACAUUUGGAACGCUUGAUGUCGAUUCUUCCUCGAGAAACAAUGAAAUAAAAGCAAGAAAUUGCUAACUUCCAUCAUGUGUUUGCAACUUCCUUAUAAGUAGAAUCUUCUUUAUCACUCCUGUAUUGUUAAAAUCCUUAAACCUUGUUUUCCCUCUAAAAUGAAAUGACGGUGAGUGGUUUUCAUUAUUAAUACAUAUUUUGGCUUUACUUUCAUGUAUCCAAUCAUUAUACAUCUUUCAAAUGUGUUUACAAAUUAUGUAUGGUUGAAAGUUGAAAACCUUAAAAACUAGCCUGAGCAUAAUACUACAUCUUUUUAUCAAAAGCUUCAAAUUAAAAAUGUUCUCUCUGUUUUGCUCAUUUUUUUCCUAAAGAAAAGUACCAACAACAAAACAUUGUAAGCAUGGUAUAAGGGGAAUUACUAAUAGUAUUGGUAAUAAUGCUAAUAAUAAAAUCACAUCAACUUGCAUGCAAACCAUA